AUGCGCACUCAUAAUGGAGAACGGCCAUUCCUGUGCCCAGAAACUGGCUGCGGGAAACAGUUCACAACAGCUGGAAACCUGAAGAACCAUCUCCGCAUUCACACUGGUGAGUGGUGGCAGCGGCCGCUAAAUCUAGGCUUGUGGUUGACUGUUUUACUGAUGAUUUGUCUUCUCUCAGGAGAGAAGCCAUUUGUGUGUGAGAUGGAGGGGUGUGGCCGAUCGUUUGCCGAGUAUUCCAGCCUGCGUAAACAUCAGGUCGUCCAUUCAGGUAAAGACUUUCUAUGA